GAAUGCUGCUCCAGCGUGCCUGUAUUGCCACCGGCGAUGGGAGCCUCUCGUGCUCAGGAGUUGGCUGUCACAGUGCACUGUUCAGUGGCGGGAUCACAGCUCUGAUGCUGCAAUCUGUUGUGCAUGGUGCAUGUGCCCCCUGCGUCUAAUAACACAGACUCUGUUGUUCUCCCUGCAAGCUUGGAUGCUUUCCCCAUCCCUCACCUGGUGAGGUGGUUCAGCAAGGUAAAGACCACUCAGACAGCCCCCCUCCAGCUGCGGAGAACCUGCGCCAGGUGAGCCCUCAACAUUCCCUUGCCUGCACUGUGGGCUGCAAGAAGUUAAUUAAUAGUUGGAAAAGCAGCUUCCAGAGUUUGUCUAAUUCCACCCACAACAGCUCCUUUCACUCUAUUUUAAACCAGUUCUUACUCUGCUUCAAGUUUAAAAAAAAACAACAUUCGCUGCUCCUCUAUAAAACCGGCCAUAAGCCUCGGAGAAAGCGAGGAGUCACAGUUCCAGCACCUCGGCCAAGAAGUUGUAGCUCAGCUGAGAAGUCUGCAGAGCUGGCUUUGGAGUUCUGACCUCCUGGAAUCCUUCUCUUUCAAAGUGGAGCAGCAAGAUUCAGGAUCAGUCCUUUCAGGCAUGGUGAUGAACGGCGUGAUCCAACAGGAGCCUUCAGACCAGAACAAUACACCCCGUGGGAAUGAAGAAGAAAAGACACACAAAGAGAAGGAUGCAGAAGAAGUGAAAGACUUAACCAUAUCCACCAAUCUCCAGCCACCCCCCUUUGCUGAGAGGAAGAACGAAGGAAAGUGAGGUGACCCUAGAUCUCAUCAGACACUCCUGGAAAUGGGACACUGAGGCAGAGGAAAAGCCGGUAAUUGAACAGUUUUACAGUUACGGCUUCAGCAGAGAAGAACCCGUGAGCAGCUGGCAGACCAGGGCAUCAUGCCACACUAAUACAAGCUGCAGCAUCCACAUAAUUCCUCCAAAAUCUUGGUAAAUGACUAAAUUCUGCAACACUUUCAUUACGAAUAGCAUGAAAUGAAGUUUGACCCGGUCAAUUCCUGCCCACAGAAACCUCAUAACACUAGGACUUCGUAGUGAACUGGGCUAUCAAAACACUGAAAAGCCCAUCUGCAUUCCAUGAACAAAGGAAAAACCUGGAGAGAGCCAAGGCAAUGCUGGCAGCUGUAGAAGAGGCCCUGCAGAGCCAGGUGGGGAGGCUCUCCACCUCCAUCCCAAAGAGCUCUGUCCGCUCCAUGAGCUGUGGGAGGAAGAUGCCCAUCAGAAGUGGCAGCACCUCUCACGGGGCAGUUCACCGCAGGAAUGGGGCAAAAGGAAAGGACCUCAGGAGCCCCCCAAAACACCUGCAGGACUGAGGAUUACCUAAAGCACAAGAUCAGAAGCAGGCCUGAGCAAUCAGACCGGGUCAAUAUGCACAUUUUACAAGACUCAGCUGCAGAGGGGUCCAUUCAAGCUACUCAGAUGAAGCUGAAAAGAGCCCGACUUGCAGAUGAUCUCAAUGAAAAAAUUGCUCUCAGACCAGGUCCUUUGGAGCUGGUGGAGAAGAAUAUUAUUCCUGUUGACUCAGCUGUGAAAGAGGCAAUAAAAGGUGCCCAGGGGAGCUUCUCUAAAUCAGCUGAUGCUUUUGCCUUUGAAGAAGACAGUAGCAAUGAUGGCCUGUCCCCAGAGCAGGCCAGGAGGGAGGAUUCGCAGGGCUCGACAGAAUCACCAGCAGCCACCAAAAACUCAGAGGCAAUUUCCUCUGCCACAUCAGGGACAACUCAGGAUCAUUCCCGCACCUCUGAAAACAACGUGACUGACCUGGCAUCCGUGCAAAACAGCCAAUGUGAAAGCCCAAAGCAGGUGAACGGCCAGCAGAGCCCACCCCUCCCAGUGCCUGCGGUGGUGAAGUCAAAAUCAUCCAGCGAUAGCAAGAAUCGCCACAAAAAGCCCAAGGACACCAAGCCAAAGGUGAAGAAGCUGAAGUAUCACCAGUACAUUCCGCCUGACCAGAAAGCAGAGAAGUCUCCUCCGCCCAUGGACUCAGCCUAUGCUAGACUCCUCCAACAGCAGCAGCUCUUCCUGCAGCUACAAAUCCUCAGCCAGCAGCAGCAGCAGCAGCACUUCAGCUACCCUGGAAUCCACCAAGCACAGCAGAAGCAACCAAGUGAGCAAAUGGUCAAAAGUUCAAACUCUUCGUCAACUCCAGUCACCAACAUACCCCUUUCUCCUGUGAAAACCACUUUUUCUGGACAGACCUGUGUUUCUUCUAUCAAACCAGGCCCUCUCCCUUCCAACCUGGAUGAUCUGAAAGUGUCAGAACUGAGGCAGCAGCUCCGAAUAAGAGGCCUCCCCGUAUCCGGUACGAAAACGGCACUGAUGGAGCGUCUGCGGCCCUACCAGGACUGCAGUGGCAGUGUGGUGCCAAACUUCAAUGAAAUAACAACGGUCACCUUUCCAGUCACCCCAACAAACACGCUCUCAAGCUACCAGUCACAGCCCUCGGCCAGCAUGCUAUCUAGCAGCUUCUAUCAGUUUGGCAGCACCAGCUCCUCCCCACCCAUCUCCCCAGCAUCCUCUGACCUUUCCGUCAGUGGCUCUUUACCAGACACAUUCAACGAUGGACCAAUGACUUCUCCACAGUUUGGUCUCCAACCAUCCCCUGUGCAUGGCAGUGCUGAAGAAAGCCUAAUGGGCAGCAUGAAUGGAGGGAGCAUCCAGUUGGAACUGGAAGGGAUCGACACAGAGAAAGACAAGAUGCUGGUGGAAAAGCAGAAGGUUAUCAAUGAACUGACGUGGAAGCUGCAACAAGAGCAGAGACAGGUGGAAGAGCUGCGGAUGCAACUCCAGAAGCGAAAAAGGAACAAUGGCUUGGAGGAGAAGCAGCCACCCACCCAGCAUUUCUUCGGUGUUCCCAUCAAGCAAGAAAACACAGUAUCCAGCUGUCCAUUCUCAUCAAAACAAACUGCCUUGAAAGCCCAAGCCAACAGCUUGGAUAAACUAAGUAACUGUGGGACGCCGCAGCUGCCUCACAUUGUAAACAGCCUUUGCAUGGAGUCAGCGGGCCAGAGCACCAUCACCUCCUCCACGUUUCUAAGCCCACAGUGCUCUCCACAGCAUUCUCCACUUGGGACUGCAAAGAGCCCACAGCAUAUUAGUCUGCCACCAUCCCCUAACAGCCAUUACCUUCUCUCUGUGUCCCCUGGCUCUCAGGGAGAAGGGCGCAGUGUUUCCCCACAGGCCAGCAAUCGACUUCGCCCAGCACCGAUGGCUACGCAGGCAGGUCAAAAGUUUUCUAUUCCAUCCCCAAGUUUUUGUAAGUCAAGCCCAGCCCUCUCGGAGGUAAAGCAGCCUCCAUCCUAUGCGGAUGCAGUGAAGCAGCAGAUGACUCGAAGUCAGCAAAUGGACGAGCUCCUGGAUGUGCUGAUUGAGAGUGGAGAAAUGCCAGCCAUUGCCAAAGAAGAUCGUUCCUGCCUCCAAAAAGUACCUCAGAUAACGGUGUCUUCAGGGAACGCCAGCGCUUCACUUCCAAAGGCCUCUGCUCCAUUUGAACAUGUUUCCUCAGCCCAACUCUCAUUUGACCACUGCACUGGCAGCAAUGACACUCACCUCGAAGUCUUAUUAAAUUCCCAGAGUCCCCUGGGAAAGGUCAGCGAGAUCCCCCUCCUGAAAAUGGGCGGUGAGGAGUCUCACUUUGAAGGGCUGAUUGAUGGGUUUUCCAGCAAAGUUGCAGAUGAACUUCUGACAUCCCAGGAGAUUCCUCUCUCGCCCAUGGAGACCCAGCUGUCACCCUCCUCCGCUGAAGGCUCUGGUUUACAAAUGAGUUUCACUGAAUCGCCCUGGGAAACGAUGGAAUGGCUGGAUCUCACCCCACCUAGCUCAGCCACUGCCUUUGGCUCUUUCACCACCACCGGGCCCAGCCUCUUCAAUAUAGAUUUCCUAGACGUCACUGAUCUCAGCUUAAACACCACCAUGGACCUUCACUUGCAGCAGUGGUGAAAGGUGGUGGCAAUACAGAUGGGGAUGUACAGCAAAAGUAGCCAACCACAAGUCCUUUCAUUAAACAACAGAACCAACAGGAACUGAGUCCUGGCCCAAAGGGCUAAUGUGCCAACCAGUCAGGGGAAACUGGAGUAUUUUUCCCAGUACAUAAUUCCUACCCUUUUUCAGUGACUAAGAAUUGUCAGCACAAUGACGCUGACCCUUUAUUUUUCACACCUAUGAGGUUAUUGAUGCCUUUUAAAAAUGAGACUUCUCUAAAACAUUUUCUUUAUGCUUUUUCAGUGUUAGCAGCCGUUCACAUGAGAACUGGAGUAGCUCGUGACAUACUGUGUGGAAAAGAGACCUCACCUGGGAGGAAGCAUGAAAGCAUCCAGAACAGGGUCCAAGGCAUUGCUACCGAAAGCCGCCUCAUCUCCUUCAAGAAAUACUGCACGGCACGUCUUAGCCAUGGAGAAAGGCCCAGUUUGGUCAGAAGCCUUGUGGGCAGCCAGUGCCAUGUUCUCUGCCCACCACAGUGACAAAACACACUGCACUGUACAGCCUGGUCCACCUCGCUCUGCUUCCUGUCUCCAUUCCAAUUAGUCGGUGAUCGAAAAUGGUUCUGAAGCCAAGUCCCCAUAGCACAGACAGCUGCUGUCCAGUCAAGGGCGGUGAUUUGUGCCAUGUCAGAGAUGUGCCAGAACUCAUGUGAGCACAUCUCAUAUGGUCACUUUUAGUGAGUGAAAGCCAAGGCGUGUUCCAUGCUGCACAGUUACAUUUUAUAAUUUAACCUCAAAGAAGCCCAAACCACAGAUGUCCUGAUACCUGACUCCAGCUGCUCAGGUUGCUCAUAGAGCUACUGAAAUAACCUGAUGCACUGACAGAGCUGUCGAUUUCCUACUGGUGUGGUAUAAAUAUGUCUCCAGCGGGGGACAAGGAGGAUGUUGAAUCGGGAAGUAAACAAACCGAAGCUCUGGAGGGGAUCCCUUGGGCUUUUCUCUGGAGUAUGAGAAACCUGAGGAUGAACCUCUCCUGGACUUGCAGGGAACCCUGAGGGUGGGGGAGAGCCACAGAAAUUCAAUUGCAAUAAAUAGCCCCUCCUGUGUGUUCCCCAAGAAAUGGAAUGGGUCAAAACAGGUCCUUAACUAUGGCUGGAGUUUGUGUGACCAUCUGUUUGUGCAGUCUAUGCUCCCUAUGCCAGCCCUCCUCCCUGCCGUCCCUCUCCCCUUCGCUCCUCUCUCCUUCCUUUUGCUGAGGUUACUGCUGCCCCACCAGUUGCUCGGCUCAGAGCAAGGUCAUCCGGAGAAGAGCUGUGAAUCCACAAGGCUAGAGGAGCUCGUUCUUCCCAGUUCAUCAGAGAUGGAUGCUUUGCUGCAGCUCUGGCUGCAGUAGGAAGCCACCUGCCUUUCUCCUCUGAAUCACGGUGCAAUAUUGUUCACCGGGCUGUCCGGUGAGAAAGGGCCAUCUCGUCACCAUUUGGCUUCCACCAAAGAAUCUGAUAGCGAUUGUUUUAGAGCUGCAUCUACUUUUAUAGGAAUUACCUGUCAGCUGGUUUGCAAAAGUAAAUAUUGUUGCUGACAAAGAUUGUUCAAAUAUUUCCAGCCUGCGUGUAUUUAAUGUUUGUGUUACUGGAAGGGCCGUGCAGUCAUUUGGGGAAGAGCCCAGUGCAAAGGGACUGUGGGGCAGGGGCACUCCCAUGUGGGUGACUUGCUGAAGGUUUGUUGGAGCCGGAGGAGGAGCCUCUGCAGCCCUCUCUGGCCCCAGUUGAUGAGGUUAUGAUGUUGUUGCAUGUUGUAUAAAGAACAUGUUAGUAGCUUUUUUAAGUCACUAUUUAAGGCACCACUUUUCUAUUGUACAAAUGUUCACCAGACACUGGUAGCUAGAACAAUCACAAGUUGCAAUUUGUUAAAAGAAUUUCUUUUUUUUAUAAGUGAGAGACUUUAGAAACCAUUCCAUGGUGAAUUUUAAUAGCACUUGAAUCCAGAGUAGUUUAGCUGCUGCACUGCCUAAAUGUACAGGGCUUUCCAGAUACUUUUCUCCUCUCGACAAAUGUAUUUCCUUAUUUAAAGUGAUGCUGUCAACUUAAAACUUGUAAACAGACACGUUUCCUCAGCUAUGUUACCAACAACACCUUCAUUAUUAAAUACCCUCUU